UACUUCCUCUAGAUUCAUGAAACUUUUUAUUCUAAAAAAAAAAAAAAAUCAUGAAACUUUUAAUAGCAACCACCACACAAAUAUAUAAUGACCAAUUUGAUUGAUUUUUUACAGCAGAAAAUGGAAGACAAUGGCAAUCACAACAUACUAAAAGUAAUAAAGAACUAACUACGUCAGUCAUUGUUGGGGCUCUGACCCAAUAUGCAACUUACCUUUUUACUGUUUUUCAUUUGUUAUAUUGCAGUAAGUUCUCAGGUUAAUUUGUUGUGAGUCAGCAGUAGCUGGAUCCUUAUCUGAAAAUGGACAGCUGUCCAUUUUCUUUUCUUUCUAGUUUCUAGCUAUAUGUACUGGGCUGAGGCUCUCUUGAAAUCAUCGAUGAAUACAACAACUUACUUUUCAUUCCUCUGCAAUUACUCUUUUUCUUAUUUUCCUAUCACUUUGGGGUCCAGACCCAUAUUAUUUGGUAUCAGAGCUUCACGCUCAUGGGACCGUCGCGUAAGGGUGGCACCAAUCCUCAGUCGUCGAAGGAACUUUCGGCUGCUGAGAUGGAUUAUUUGGCACAACAGGCGGUGGUUGAGGCUCAACUUCAGGCGGUGCACGACUCGGUUGAUGAAAUUCGGGCCGCUCAAGCUUUGAUCCGCUCUGAAAAUGCUGAGAUUCAUGCUCAGAAUGCAGAAUUCCGCUCUCAGCUACUAGAAGAGCUUCGAGCUCUCAGAACCCGCUCUGACUCUAUUCCAGUCUCUCCGAACUUGCUGCCUCCCAGCUCUCUCCCGGCCUCUGAUCCUGCAAAUUCGAGGGUUUCAUUCUCAGAACCAAUUUAUCCUCAAGGGUUGGGAGUCUUAAGCAUCACUCCAGCGGAAGUCUCUUCAGCUUAUAAUCCACAAUUUGUUCAUGGCUUUCCUACAUCAUCUAUGCAUUAUGUCCAUGGAAACUCUGUAUUUGGGGGUCCCUUACAGCAAGGCCAGUCUAGUCACUCUUCAGCUGUACCUCCAUGGCAACUAUCCUCGAGCACACCCAACUAUCAGGAGCAGAAUGUUAGGCCUACGUUACCGUUUGCUGUGAAUCAUUACCUUACAUCACAGAUGUCUACUCAGUCCAUUCCAUCUUAUGCACCACCAACAUACUCCACAAUUCCAUCUUCUUAUACUCGCUUCCAGCAACCACAGCUCUACCAAGCACGGCAACCACAGUACCCUUACUGUCAAAAUCAAUUUCACGGGGGUCCCUUGCCGCAAGGACCUCAAUUUCAAGGUCAGUCUGAGAUGGAUCCUAAUCUUCCAACUAUGAGACAAAUGAGGUUGGAGUUUCAAACAUUUGGUGAUGGUGAUCCAUUACAAUGGCUUAAUAAGGCGGAGCAAUAUUUUGAGUUGUACCAAAUUCCGGAGGACAAAAAAGUUUCCAUUAAAGCUAUGCAUCUUAAUGAUGAGGCAGCUGAUGUUUGGCACCUGUUUAGACACCAAUAUCCUGGAAAUUGGCGUGGCUUUGCUGAUCUCUUAAUGCGGGAAUUUGGUUCCCAUAACCAAGCUGAUUAUCAAUCUGCCUUAAUUAGACUGAAUCAAACUGGGUCAGUGAGUGAGUUUAAAUUGCAGUUUAACAAGUAUGGAAGAAGAGAUCCAGGUUUUUCAGAUGACAUUUUGCUCGCCUGUUUCUUGGGAGGACUCAAGGAAGACAUUCAGGUUGAUGUGAGAGCCAUGAGACCAACUUCUUUGUACCAGGCUUAUGCGUUGGCCAUGAUAUUUGAAGAAAGACAUGCUGGUCAUAGAAGUACGAGGUCCUUUUCACAAAGAUCUCAAUUCUCAAACCCUACUGUUGCACAUUGAAUUCCAGUUUUACCUCAUUCUACAUCAAGGACUUCCCAUACAUCAACAUUGAGGCCUCCUCCUUCUCAACCUGUGCAAUCUAAUUUGCAAGCUAGUAGUAGCUCAGACAAAAAAUGGACUCAAAAUGAUUACCAUGAAAGAAGAGCUAGGGGACUUUGUUUUUUCUGUGAUGAAUCGUAUAAAGGAGGCCAUGUAUGUAAACGAACACGUGGUCAAGGACGAACAUUGUUGAUUGAAGGCAUCCCUGAGGAAGAAAUAGUUGAUUCCCAUCCGGACCCUGCUGAAAGUGAUUCUAAUGAAAUACGUGGAGACGGUAUGAAUGAGGAGACAGCCACCUUACAUGUGAUCAACUGUGUUGAUAACCCAAUGACUAUGCAACUCAAGGGGAUUUUUAACAAAAAGGAAGUCCAUGUUCUCAUUGAUAGGGGGGCUACUCAUUCAUUUAUCCACCCAAGUUUGUUGCAAGAAGGUAAUAUCACGGUUGAUUAUAGUAGUUCUUUGCAGGUUGUGGUUGCUUAUGGAUCAAAGGUACAAUCAGCCAGAAAGUGCUAGGGUCCCUAUCAUAGCACUCAAUGAAUCAGACUGGCACGAAUUCCAUAGUCUGAGAGGAAGGCAUAAUCCAGAAGACCUAGUUC